CUCUUUCCUUUUCUUUUCCCUCCCUCUACCUUUACCCCAUUCCUUUCUUUUUUCUGUAAAAGCUAGCUGUGAUGUGUAAAUGUUGCACCUGUCACCCUGACCUCAUUGUAGAGCCAUCUUCUGAGUAACUGGCAACUGGCAACUGAUGCUAAGUGCUAUGAAUGCAGCUGGUGGGAACUGAACACACCAGUGUAAAAGAUGAAACUAGAAGUCCUUAUCUGUAAAGUGAGGGUGUCAGGCUAAGCGACCAAUAAGCUUUGCUUAAGAUUUUAUAUUUGUGAAGCAUUUAUAUGUAAAUACUUUCACUUUUUCCUCUGAUCUCUAAGGAAGUGGUGUUAAGUUUGAGUUUGUCAUAAUUUCACAGCGUGACUCUUAGUUGAAAUGUCACUGACAGCUUGUGGUUUGGACUUUUUUUUUUUUUUUAACUCCAGUCAGAAACAACUAGAAGCCAUUAAACAACUACAGGAAGAUGCUGUCAACCAGGAAGGCAUCCUUAGGAAGAGGCUCCAAGAAACCAGCCGACGGCUGGAGGAUGUGGAGGAGCAGGUAGGGUGGCUCAUGGCUACAUUAGAUUCAGGGGACAUCUCCUCAGAUGCCCUGCAAACCAUGAAAUAAAAAUGGAGGAGGAACAACAACAACAAACAAAAAAAAAAGCAAAGAGGAACUGCAAGUUCAGUCCCUAGCGACUAACAGUGAGCAGAGGAAGUAAAGGGGGAGUUGUAAGAGAGGCGGUAUCAACAGCCUGCUGAUGAAAGAGGCGACUCUGCAGAAAGAGGCAACUUGACAUAUCAGGACUUUAACCGCUGUAGAAAUAGCUCAGGCAUACCAAGCCCAUGCAAACACAGAAUUGCAGAAGUUCAGGAGAGGCUUAUCACUUCCCUGAGAAGAAAAACACAUUUUCAGUUUUGCCUGCAUCAUAAGAGUGAGCACUCCAUUGCUUUCUUUCCUGGCCACACUGCUACAAUCCAGUACUAACUAUCCAUGUCCAGGGUAAGGAUCGAGAUCGAGAAGCCCACACUGCCAGUGAAAAAGCUACGUCUUUACUGCAUAAAUUAGAGGAAGCAAUUUCGGAACAACGGAACCUUCAAACUAUAAAUACUGAAUUAUCGAACACUUGCCAGGCACUUCAGCAGAAGACAAGGAAACUGAAGAAGCUUUUUAGAUGAGGAAUUUCCUCACUAUGAUUCCCUGUCCUGCACAGAUGCAAUUCAACAACCUCUUCAAGAAAAAUUGAAGCAGUGUUGCCACAAACUAUAUGGUGGUCAAGAAGCAAGAAUACAUCAGACACCCCUGACCUUGAAACAUACGUGCUGGUACACACCUCUGCUGGAUGCCUUAUCUCUGGAUAGUUUUACAGCAGUUCCAACUCUGGAAUCAACACCUUUCUCAGGUGUAGCCAACCAAAUCCACACUCUGUGUGAAAGGCCCACAUAUGGAGAAGUAAAGGAUGGUGCUUUGGAUGUAAGAAGACAACACAAGUGCCCAGGCCCCACAAGUGGCCCCAACCCAGGAACAAAUCUCUCAGGCUGCAUCAGGAUGAAUGAUGACCCAAGUAUGGAAGAGAAUGGUGUUGAACGCGUGUGUUCUGAGAACCUGCUGCAGUCCAGGGAAUAUUCCUCACUACCAUUACCCAGACGCACUUCAUCGACAGACGGUACUAUAACUUCAAGUGAUCCUGGAUUAGAAAUUCUGAAUAUGGCUUCUUGUGACCUUGACAGUAACUCACUCUGUAAGAAAGAGGAGGAUACAAGAUCAGCUUCUCCCACGAUAGAGGCCCAAGGCACAAGUCCAGCUCGUGAUAAUAUUGCAUUCCAAGACUCUACGAGUAAGGAUAAAACCAUAUUAAAUCUGGAAGCCAAAGAGGAACCAGAAACAAUAGAAGAACAUAAAAAAGAACAUGCUUCAGGAGACUCUGUGGUUUCCCCUCUUCCUGUAACCACCGUGAAAUCGGUUAACCUUAGACAAAGUGAGAACACUUCUGCUAAUGAGAAGGAGGUGGAGGCAGAAUUUCUCAGAUUAUCUUUGGGAUUUAAGUGUGACUGGUUUACCUUGGAGAAGAGAGUGAAGCUUGAAGAGAGGUCCCGUGACUUGGCAGAAGAAAAUUUGAAGAAAGAAAUCACUAACUGUUUAAAACUAUUAGAGUCUUUAACACCUCUGUGUGAAGAUGACAACCAGGCACAGGAAAUCAUUAAGAAGCUGGAGAAGAGUAUAAAGUUUCUUAGCCAGUGUGCAGCACGAGUGGCCAGUAGGGCUGAGAUGUUGGGAGCCAUCAAUCAGGAAAGCCGGGUUAGUAAAGCAGUUGAAGUGAUGAUUCAGCACGUAGAAAACUUGAAGAGGAUGUAUGCCAAAGAGCACGCUGAAUUAGAAGAACUGAAACAGGUUCUUCUGCAGAAUGAAAGGUCUUUCAAUCCUCUUGAAGAUGACGAUGACUGCCAAAUUAAAAAACGUUCAGCUUCUCUAAACUCCAAGCCAUCUUCUCUACGAAGAGUGACUAUUGCCUCUUUACCCAGAAAUAUUGGAAAUGCAGGAAUGGUGGCUGGGAUGGAAAAUAAUGAUCGAUUCAGUAGGAGGUCAAGCAGUUGGCGUAUUUUGGGGUCAAAGCAGAGUGAACAUCGUCCCUCAUUACCUCGAUUUAUUAGCACCUAUUCCUGGGCAGAUGCUGAAGAAGAAAAAUGUGAACUAAAAACUAAAGAUGACUCAGAGCCACCUGGAGAAGAAACAGUAGAAAGGACAAGGAAGCCAAGUCUUUCUGAAAAGAAAAAUAAUCCAUCAAAGUGGGAUGUCUCUUCAGUUUAUGACACAAUAGCUUCCUGGGCAACAAAUCUCAAGUCCUCCAUCAGAAAGGCUAAUAAGGCCCUCUGGCUCUCUAUUGCAUUCAUUGUACUGUUUGCAGCUUUGAUGAGCUUCCUCACAGGCCAAUUAUUCCAGAAGUCUGUGGAUGCCGCUCCCACACAGCAAGAGGACUCAUGGAUGUCUCUAGAACAUAUCUUGUGGCCAUUUACCAGACUCCGACACAAUGGGCCACCACCAGUGUGACAGCAGGACAUCCUAAUAUAUGGAUCUUGAUUUUUAAGUUUCAGUAUCUGAACUUUGUAAAUUAGUAACUUUUAGCUGGGAAAGUAUAGCAUGAAACCAGAGGUUCUCAGAAUCACUGUAAGAUAGCUUACAUUUCCUCUUUUUGCCUUUAUCUCCCCAACUAAAAUACAAUGGGGAAGAAGUCUGCCUAUGAUCUUUGAAUGAGCUUUUUAAGGAAGAAAUAUUAUAUAUUGUUUGUUAAAGUUUAUUGAAAUAAAGAAUCAUUUAAAUCUUCA